AAUUCAAAUCUAAACGAAUCUGAAGCUCCUCACCCGAACCCGGCGCACCUUGGACCAAGGCCUCUGCUCGCUCCAAGUGGCUCAGCACCAUGGGAUUUGUGAACCCUACCUCGUGUUCGUGAGCCAGAAGGGUGUGCCAAUCGAGACCUCGCUUAGGGUUUAUCGCAGCAAAGCAAAUCGCAGCGAUUUAUAGCUAGCUGAGAGUGUUGUAGCAUAGAGGAUGUCGGUGCUGAUCGCGACGAGCUUAGGGGACAUUGUGGUGGAUUUGCACACUGACAAGUGCCCCUUGACCUCCAAGAACUUCUUGAAGCUUUGCAAGACCAAAUACUAUAAUGGGUGCCUAUUUCACGCAGUUCAGAAGGAUUUUACAGCACAGACAGGUGACCCGACUGGAACAGGGUCAGGUGGCGAUUCAAUCUACAAAUUUCUAUAUGGUGAUCAAGCUCGCUUUUUCAGUGAUGAGAUUCAUCUUGACUUAAAGCAUUCUAAGACGGGCACUGUUGCCAUGGCCAGUGCCGGAGAAAAUCUUAACGCUUCUCAGUUCUAUUUCACAUUGCGCGAUGAUCUGGACUAUCUAGAUGGGAAGCACACUGUUUUUGGGGAGGUAGCUGAAGGGCUUGAUACAUUGACUAGGAUAAAUGAAGCUUAUGUGGAUGAGAAGGGCAGGCCAUAUAAGAAUAUCCGAAUCAAACACACAUACAUUCUGGAUGAUCCUUUUGAUGAUCCUCCCCUGCUAGCUGAGUUGAUUCCUGAGGCUUCCCCAGAAGGAAAACCAAAGGAUGAGGUUGAUGAUGAUGUGCGGCUCGAAGAUGAUUGGGAGCCUAUGGAUGAGCAACUAGGUCCUGCAGAACUUGAGGAGGUUCUCCGCUCAAAAGAAGCACAUUCAAGUGCAGUUGUACUUGAGAGUAUUGGAGAUAUUCCUGAUGCUGAGAUGAAGCCUCCUGAUAAUGUGCUAUUUGUUUGUAAACUGAAUCCGGUUACUGAAGAUGAGGACUUGCAUACCAUCUUUUCACGUUUUGGAACUGUAUCAUCGGCUGAAAUAAUUCGUGACUAUAAGACUGGAGAUAGUUUAUGCUAUGCUUUCAUAGAGUUUGAGACAAAUGAGGCUUGUGAACAAGCAUAUUUUAAGAUGGAUAAUGCUCUGAUUGAUGAUCGAAGGAUACAUGUGGAUUUUAGUCAAAGUGUUGCAAAACUGUGGUCCCAGUACAGACGCAAAGAUCACAAAAUGGGUAAAGAAAGAGGUUGCUUUAAAUGUGGUGCUCUUGAUCACAUUGCCAAGGAUUGCACUGGGGGCCCAGCCAUCAAACAGCACACUCAAAAGUAUAUUUUAAAGGAUGAUAACAUACAGCGAGGUGGAGAUAACAAUUCUAGGUAUGAAAUGGUAUUUGAUGGAGAAACUCAAGAAAGUCCAAGACUAGAAGAGAGUCAUCCAGGCCAUGAUCCAGAUGACCGAGGUGAGAAGCAGAAGAUGUUAAGGAGAAUUUCCGAAGACCCAAGGCAUAGAGAUCAAGAAACUAAAGAGUGGACUGAUAGGCACAGGCACAGUGACAGAGGUCGAGGAGGAUACAUAGGGGAUGAAAUGAGCCGUGAUAGUAAAUCAAGGUCAUCGGGUGGAAGUAAAAGAGAUGGGGAUUAUUUUGAAGAGAAAAGGGAUAGAGAAAAGUAUAAACGUAGAGAUGUAGAUGAUAUCGGCAGAGAUGAGCUGGUUUGCAGAAAGAGAACUCUAGAUUAUGAUAGCCAUGCAGAAAGGAGGGAUGAUGGAGAUUAUAGGAAGAGAAAUAAAGAUAGUUCUAGUCAUGUGGAAAGUGGGGAUGACAGAGAAUAUAGAAAGAGAGGCGAAGAAAAUAAUAGCAGUAGAGGAAGGAGCAAUACUAGCCACAGGGAAUGGAGGGAUGACAGAGAUUAUAGGAAGAGAAAUGCAGAGAGUGACAGGCGAGAAACGAUGGAUGAGUCAAGUGAGAGAAAAAGAAAUGCAAAUGGCGAUAGCUAUUAUAAAGGCCGGAGGGAAGAGCGAGAAGAUGGAAGGCGAAACACGUUAGGUGAGAGAAGGAGAUGAUGAGGGCUUGUAUCAUAUCAUGUAUGGUUGCGAGCGGAGGAGAUUGCGUGGAACUUUGGUUUGUUUUAUUGUCUUGUCUCGUACGUAAGUAACGUAAUGAAACUUGGCUUAUUUUGGAAUUUA